ACCAUGGGUUAUGGGGAGAAUGAGGUUAGGAGGGAGAGAUAGAUCAACCAUGAUUAAAUGGCGGAAUAGACUUGAUGGGCUGAAUGGCCUAAUUCAGCUCUAUCACUUAUGACCUCAUGACUAACAUUUGUCUGUAUUUAUUGUGGCUGUCUGAAUACCUGUUGACGAGGAAGGAGUUAAAAAUUCUGUAUUAAUCACAGCUGAUGAUGUUUAUUAUUUAGGUCAGCUGACUUUGAGUUUCGAUUUCCCAUAGUGCAGUUCUAUUUUUUCUUUAGUUGUUUCACUUUGAUCUAAUUGGAUCCACUGACGCAGUACUUUAUUGUUUGCCAAAUUGAAAGGUUGUUGCUGUGGCACACCCUGUUUAUUUUCCAACUGAGUUCAUUUUCAACAUUUUGAUUGCCACAGAGACUUAAUUUAGGGGGAGGAAAUGUCCCAUUUUUCAUUUACUCAAAGAAGUGGAUGUUCUGAAAUCCUAGAAUUAUUAGAUAUCAGCAAUUUGCUUGUACUGAACGAUACCGUAGCCAGGAAGACAAAUGCUUGGACCAAACACGAAGCCAUCAGCGUCAUUCUGAGCCACAGCCAAAGUGCCGAAGAGCUCCUAAAACGCAGGAAAGUUACGCGAGAGUCAAUAUUGAAGUACUUAACAGAACAUGGUAUGGCUGUAUCUACUUCAUCAAGCAAACAACAGCUUAUUGAUGAUGCCUUGCUUUAUUGGAUCCAACCGCUGGCCACAUCUUCCCAUCUACUCCCCUUUCAGCUUUCUGCAGAGACUGCUCGCUCGGUAACUCCCCUGGUCCAUUCGUCCUCUCCAACCCAAACCACCUCCUCCCCAGGUACUUUCCCUUGCAACCGCAGGGUAUGCAACACUUGUCGCUUUACCUCCUCCCUUGAUUUCAUUCAAGGACCCAACCAGUCUUUCCAGGUGCAGCAGAGGUUCACCUGCACCUCCUUCAACCUCGUCUAUUGUAUCCGCUGUUUCAGGUGUCAGUUGCUCUACAUCGGUGAGACCAAGCGCAGGCUUGGCGAUCGCUUCGCCCAACACCUCCGCUCAGUUCGCACUAACCAACCUGGUGUCCCAGUGGCUCAGCACUUCAACUCCCCCUCCCAUUCCGAAUCUGACCUUUCUGUCCUGGGCCUCCUUCAUUGCCAUGAUUACGUCCAGCGCAAAUGUGAGGAACAGCAACUCAUACUUCACUUGGGUAGCUUACACCCCAGCGGUAUGAACAUUGACAUGUCUAAUUUCUGAUAGUUCUUGUUUUCUCCCUCCUUCCCCUCCCCCAGGCAGGACAUUAUACACUGCCUGGACCAGGAAAUUGAUAUGCUGUGGUUUAGUUUGCCAGAGCUCAGUCCAUGUGACUUUUCGGUCCAUGACCUGUUCCCACCCUGUCCAGGCCCCCUGCUGCCUCAAGCCAACCACUCUGGUAAACCUUUCCUCCUCCACCGCUGCCUUCACUUCCUCCUGGACCAGCCUGCGUCUCUCCUUCCUCUUGGCCUUGUCAAAUUGGAGAGUUGGGAAGAUUCCCAGAUUAGCUCUUCUCUGAGCUACUGCUCCCACAAGGACUAUGUGGCGUAUCCAAGACUCCGCUAGCAGCACGGCUUUGCUGGUUCUCCACUUUCUCAUAGUUUUCACUUCCACCCCUACCUGAGCCACUGGGUUACUGGAGACUCUGUACAGCAUCACCUCUCUGGCCCGAGUCACCUUAAACUCCUCCUUCAGGGGCAGCUGGAGCUUGAUGUUAUUUCUGUAAAGGGCGAUGCUGCUAAAGCUCCUGGGCAGCCCCAGCCACCUCCUGAGGAAGCUGCUGACUUUGCUCUCUAAUCUCUCUACGAUGGAGAUUGGCACCGUAGACAAGCAGUGGCCAGAAUCUUCUUGGCAGGAUACCAUGCUGGUAAAUUCAUGCCUUGAACUUGCUGGGAAGCCACGGCCAGUCCACAGCUCUCAACCAUCUCUUCAGCUCCUCACAGGUUGCCUAAACUGAUGCUGUAACCUUCAGGCCACUGUUAAACACCUUGCCAAGUCUUUUUACUGGCCUUUCGGAGAGUUGGGCAGUUGGGAUUGGUGUCCCUACGAUGCUGAAGCGGAACCUGCCCAUGACUUUGCCUGAAGCAAGAGAUUAUCAGCAAUUUCAAGCAGAGGUGCAGUAUGUUGUCAUAGCAAAGUUAAUCAUGACUAGUUUAGUCAGUACACGCCUUGUCGGACAUGUUUUGUGGAGUGACAUAGGUUGGGUUGAGCAGAUCGGCUUGAGCUCAGUCACCAGCUCAUGAAAGAUUUAUGAAUGCUAUUAUCUUGCACUAAAUGUUAUUCACAACAUGCUCCCAUGGAGAUCUUUAUCAUGUACCUGUAUCAUGUAUCUGUACACUGUGGAUGGCUCGAUUGUAAUCAUGUGUAUUCUUUCUGCUGACUGGUUAGCAAGUGACAGAAGCUUUUCACUGUACCUUGGUAGACAUGACAAUAAACUAAACUCAAUUCAUCAACCUCGAACGUUGAUUGGAGCCUCAGAACAUGUUCAGGCCACAAGAAAGAAACGCAAGUGUGGAGAUAUCUCAAAUCACUCUAAUCUCAAUCCAUAUUUCUAUAUUUAGAAAAUUACCAUCAGUCUCUGUGAUAAUAUUGGGCAUUUUGGUGCCUAGAAAAAAUGGAGGAUUUCUGCCUUUGCAAAACCUGCUUGGCAUCUUUUUGCAAAGGCUGUAAAGACCAUGUGGAUCAUGGCUCCAGAAUGUCUGUGGCCUGGGAGGAAUGUCAGUACAGGGUGAUGUCCAGAUGUCCUUUCGUUGUUAAUAUGUAUGAAGGUUUUGCAGAAGGAUAUGGGUCCUGCUGCAAAUGCAUGAUCAGGAUUGGUUGGGAAAUUAUGGGUUAUAAUACUAUUGUUAACUAUGUUGCAUGGUGCUAUGGUAUACAACUAUGUUGUAUACUGCUAUUUGUGAUUGGUCAAGGAGAGGGUCCUUGCCUAAAUUGUUUACAUUACCUGAUAAAAUGUUUCUUUACAUCAAGGAAUUGUCUUCCAUUAAGAAUUUUCUGUAGAAGCAAUGUUAUGGGAUAUUCUGUGAUUGGGUUAGGGACCUGUCAACUAAUUUAUUGUAUGAUCUUUAUUUAUGAUUGGCUUAUAGGGGUUAACCCCCCCCCC